CUGUUCAUAAACAAUGUUCCCAAAAAAAAAUUCUAUAAUCGAAUUCUUAUUGUUGAUUAAUGGUGGAAUUUUACUUUUUCCAAAUGGCUAAUUUACCUCGACCAAUUCAUGUUUUUGGUGAUUUCAAAGAAAAAUUUCAUGUAAUAGCUAUUGAUUUUUAUAAAUCUAACAAUGAUGAAGAUAUCGUAAUCUGUGGCUAUCAGAUUGGUCUGAUUUCAACAUGGUCACUUUCUACAUAUCGAUGUUUGCGACGAAUAAAUUUGGAUGAUUAUAUUAAGGAUAAAAAUAUCGAAUUAUUACGAUUAAGAUCAAUGAUCUAUAUUCAUUGUCGACAAAUUUUAGUGGCCGAAUUGGCCAGUGGAAAUCUUUGCCUAUUCAAAUGUGAUUUUGAUGAUUUGGAAAAUUUUCAUCUAAUAAAUCAUUGGCCUACAUUGAAACUUACAUUCGCCAAAAUGAUCUUCAUAUUAGAAAAUCGAUUCCUAACAUAUCUAGAUCCCGACAAUUCUAAACAGAUAAAUCUGAUUGAUUUGGACCAACCUACUACUGAACCGGCCAUUAAAAUUAUUACCGAAGAGAACGAUCAUGGAAUCGUAAUGGCCAGUCAUUUAUUUUUUGAUACGAAUAGAUUUCUCUACAAUUUCAUUGCAUAUGAAAAUGGAUUUCUAUCAAUCAACAAAAGUUAUCUGGAUUCAAAUAAACCGAUCAUUUAUUCACAAUCAUUAUCAUCAAUUCAAUUACAUAAAGGUGAAAUACUUCAUAUGGAUUAUAAUGAUUGUAUUAAACGUGGUAUAGCUUGUUGUGCACCAAAUGAAAUUGUUUUAUGGAAAUGUUCAUUAGAUGAUCGAAAAAUUGAUCAUUCAAAAAUCAAAAAAUUUUCAAUCAAUAGCGAAAGUAUAACAUGCUGUACUAUUCGACCGGAUGGUAAAAUUUUUGCUAUCGGAUCAAAAGAUGGAAGAAUUCGAUUAUUUUCUACAAAAAUUGGACGACCAUUAGCUGUGAUAACAUAUCAUCAUGAAUCAAUCGAAACACUUCGAUUUACUUCUAAUCUUAUCAAUGAUGAUUUUCGAAAAAAAUAUCUUCUAUUUGCUUCCACACAAGAUGGAUUAAUUUCAAUUUGGUCAUUAUAUAAUAAUGAUGAUGAUUCAGAUUAAUUUGUU